UUUUUCCCGAAUGAAAUUAUAAAAGUUGAAAAAGGUGAUGUCACUGUUAUAUCUUUAGACAGCGAAACUUAGCAUUUCAAUUUUGACAAAAAUAUUCCUUCAUUUUUUUAACAUAAGCAUUUUGCACUACUUGUACUAGUCUAAAUACUUUAGAAUAAUUUGUUUCUUCCUUUCGUCCCACCCUUGUACUUUCAAAGAAGUUGUGCCUUCAUCUAAUAUCUAUUCCAUAAAUAUUUUAUUCACCAUAUGCAUUAGGAAUCUAUUUAGGAGAUUUUUAGUGAUUACAAAUUGCAAAAUGAAAUAAACCCCGUAACCUAAUCAUAUGGAUUCCUUAUGAAAAUAAUUUUGGCACAUUUCAUAUUUAUUUUGACUUUCCAAUUUGUAUUCUCAAAACUUGUGACUAUACUUAGCUUGAUUGACUGAUUGUUGAUUUUAAUUUCGAGAAUGUUAAUAAAAUGAUUUCAAAUGCUUAGCUGAUAGUAUUAGAUGAGAGUUUUAGGAACUAUUCACUUGGGCCUUUAUCUUGAUGUUGUGUGUGGAUCCUUAAGAUCGCUACUCAUUGCAUAAGCUCAUAGGAAGAGUCUGGCCUGUUUGGAUUGACUUUUAAUAAGUAGCUUAUAAGUUAAAAGUCAUAAGUUGGUACUACCCUACUUUUGACUUUUGACUUAUAAAACACUUAUUUUGACUUAAGAAUAAGUGCUUAAAAACACUUCUUUACUUUGCCAAACACCACAAAAAUUGGAAAAGUGCUUAAAAGCUAAAAGCAACUAAAAAUAAGUCAAUCCAAACACCCACGAAGAUUCGGCAGAAGGUUAACAAACCAUUAACUUCACCUUGGCAUGCAUUCAUUAAACACUGGAAUAAACAAUAUCGAAUGAGAAGAGAACUCAGGCAAGGUUGCCGAUGUGCCAUUGUUAAGUCCUUAGUUUUGAUGAUUGACAGACUAUAUGAACUUUGUAUGUUGAGAUCUAUUUCCUAGAGUUUUUGUCAUGACAAAGCUACUACGAAUUAGGGUACAGGUUGGGCUCACCUGUCACUGUCACGGUCAACUGCGACAGCUGACACAUAGUACAAAGUUGGUGGAAAAGUUGUUGUUACCUUUUUGCCUCAACCAAUGUGAUCUCUCCUAGGUUUUCUUGUAUCAUACUAUAUAUUGCUCAUCUUCCUCAACAAGAAAACCAUUGCUUCCAUAUUCUCACAACUAAUUAUCCUUUGAAGCUAAAAGCAAAGACUAUACACUGCACCAGGAAACUGAUUGCUCAUUGAGUUGUACUUUUACUUCCUUGUUAUAGUUGAGUCCUUGUAUUUUGUUCUUAAACAUUUACCUACACUUGCUUAUGAUUGUAGUAGGUGUGGAGGUGUAAACCUUUAUCUUAUAACCAUCUAGAGUUAGGUGAUCAUUCAAUCUAGAGUUAGCUUAUGGAAGUCGAUCCAAUUAGAGCUAGUUGGAGGUUGAAGCAGUAGAGUUACUGCUUGUGUUUCCUUGUAAUAGAGUUGUUGCUAGGAAACAACGGAUUAGGAGGUUAAUCCUUAGAUUCUGUAUUCAAGAAGUUGUUUGAGUAUAGUGAAGCUUAGAAAUCCUGGAGAUAGGUCGUGUUUUUUCUUCCUUGAGCAAGGAGUUUCCACAUAAAAACCUUGUGUUCAUUGUUUUACUUUAUUCCUGCACUUCUUACUUUACAUAACUCCUAGUCUUGUUGUGUGAGUGCAUCCGGAAACAGGUCCCUAACUUGAGGAGCAAUCCACCCCAAUCCUUCAGUCAUGUUGGAUCAUGAUGAUUUUCAAAAUAGCUUAUAUUUGAACUAGACUUUUUAUGUCUUAAUUUGUUGGAGAUUACUUGGAGAAGUUUUUCCUAAUUUGGAUUUUGUAGACAAAUGCUAAAAGUAUAUUUGAACUAUGUAGUUGGUUGAUGAGUAACAAGGGUUAAGUUUUGGAGGGAAAGAAAUGAUUUCAAAUGUUUAACUGACAGUAUUAGAUAAGAUUUUAGAAACUAUUUAUAACAGUUGGGUCUUUAUUUUGAUGUUUCGUGUGUUUUGUCUGUUUAUGACUUGUUUGAAUGGUUAGAAUUGAGGAGUUCGACUUGUUUUAUGUUGAGUUGACACUCAAAAUCUAGUGUAGAACAAUUACAAGGGGCCAAUAAUAUUCUUGUUUUCUUGAAGAUGACAUACGGUGCAAUUAUUUUCAACAUUUAAGUACACAAUUAAUUGAAAAUGAACAGUAUGAUGAUUGUGACUAGUUUUUUUUUUUCAAAAAGAAAAACUGUUAAUAAAAAUGAGUUAUAUAUUGAAAUGAAAUAAACGUAGGAAAGCUACUAAUUACUUCAAAAGAAGUGAAAGGAAAUACAAUACUGUUCGUAUGAAUAUGGAGUAACAUUUCAUAAGAGCUACUAUAACUUAAAUUAGAUUAGAAAAAUAUUGAAGAGUGAAUAAUUUAGUGAUGGGAGGAUAUAUAUCUCCUUUUGCCAAUCACGCAUUUGGAAGUAACGGCCGAACAAGUUAUUCAAAGAUUAAUAAAAAAAAUUACAAUAUAAACAUCAUAGUUUUAAAUUUAAACGAGCGUCUCAAUAAUUCAUCAAGUGAGAUGAAUAUUCAGAAUAGUAUUUUUUUUUUCUGACUCCACAAAUUCCAACUUUUUUAUGAAGUAGAUAACAUUUGUUAAAAUCUUGAAGGAACGUGCCUAUAUUUCCUCAAAUAAUAUACGAAUAAUAUUUUCUCUUAUUUCCUGAACUUCGUUAUCCUAUUUUUCUAAUUAACAAGAAGCACUUUAUGUUGUUGAAUGAAUGAUUGUCCUUAAUUUUGUCGGUCCUUAUUUUUUUUAUGGAAAAAUAUUUUUGUUGCCCAUAUUCAACAAAUCAAAUUUCCACAUUCAUCAUUUGCUCCCCUGGUUGUUGGGAUUUGCUGAAAAUAUAUGGCAAGAAAGUGGAGGUCAAAAUCAAAACUACAAAAAUCAAAGCCACUAAAACUCCAAUAAAUGCCAUGGCUAUGGCAAUUAUCAAUUCCAGAUAAUCUUAAAUAAGACAGUCAUCACUUGAUCGUGCAUUUUUAUGUCAAAGAAGAUUAAAAAGAUAGUAGCCAUAUAUUAUAUUAUAAAUUUCAUAUGGUUCAUACUUGAGCAAUCAAUUCAAAAGCUUAAAUGAAUCAAUCUACUAAUUUCCCUAGCUUUGUUUUACUAAUUUCUAGUAGCCCGUCUAAAAGGUUGGGUCAAUUUGACCUAGUGAAAGUUUGUCAAACUAGACGUGUUCUUUUUAUUUGUUCUCUAUGAAGGAAAAAUAAAUGUUUUAACUUUCGGAUAUAAAAACUGAAUCAAUAAAAAAUAUUCCCUCCGUCUCAUUUUAUGUGUCGCUAUUUUCUUUUUGAUCUGUCUAAAAAAGAAAGUCACAUUUUCUUACUUGGUAACUAUGUAAUGGCAUCAUAUCCAUUUUAUCCUUAGUGGAUCCCACUUAUUACGAAAAGACAAUAAAAAAGAUAAACACCAAAAUAAUUUUAAAAUGGGCAAUUUUAUAAACUUUACAAAGUCACUUAUUUUUUAAACUUCGUGCCGGGUCACAUGACGACACAUAAAAUGAGACGGAGGUAGUAAAAGCUAGUAAAAUGUUGCAUGUGGCCAGGGGUGGGUUUAGAGCCUUGCGUGGAGGUUUUCAGAAAUUCAAUAACUUUAGUACGGAUCUUGAAUUUAUAUUAAAAAUCUAGUAAAUAUAUAAAAAUUAUAAGUUGAAAAUCUAUGAUAAAGUGUGUUGUAGGUCUAGUGACAAGAAAGAUGCUUGUUGGAGUACUAUUGCCCUCUUGGUUGUGUGUUCUAACCCCAUCAAUGGCAUUUUUUUAAAAUUAUUUUGCUCAAGAAAUCCGAAAACUUAAAAUUCUAAAUUUGGCUCUUAAAAAAUAUUUUGAUACAUUCUUGAUUCUCCACAUAAUUAGUUAUAAGUAUUUAUAUUUUUUAAUUUAAUUUCGUAUUAAAUUAAGACUUGACAAAUAGAUUAAAACAGAGAAAAGAAAUAUUUUUGACAUUUUAUUUGUAAUUGAGCUCUGAUUAAUACAGUUUAGAGGAAUGUUCUGAACAAGGUAAUAAAAUAUACAUUUCCUGGUAAUGUAAAAACAUGUAAAGAGAGUAAUAUGGACCAAAAUUUUUUGUACAAAUUGCAAUUUUCUUUUAAUCAUUCUCCUUUUUUAUGAAAACAGAAACUGAAAAAUUGAAAUUUAAUAGUUUGGCAGCAAAAAAUUUAACCCAAAGUUUGAAGGAAUACUGCAGUCUCUAGCUGAUUUUAUGAGUGCUUUGUUGCUCUAUCAUACCAGAACCAAACACAACUCCCUUAACAAAAACCUCUCCGCUUUCAACAUUUACUUGCCCUUCAAAUUCUUCAGCACAAUCUCAACUCAAUGCAGUCAACAACAGCAAAUAAACCGCCCCUUUCAAUGCCUACAAGAACACCAAGAACCAGAAAUCUCCUGGUUUCAUCAAAAGGGGUUUUCCAAUAUCACCCAAGACAUAGUUGGGCGAGCAGUUCAUGCAGUAUGCUUAAAGGAACAACCCCAUUUAAGCAUUUUCCAUUACAAUACUUUGAUUAAUAUGUAUUCGAAAUUUGGAAGAAUUGAAGGUGCACGCCAUGUGUUUGAUAAUAUGCCUGAGAGAAAUUCAGCGUCUUGGAAUAAUAUGGUAUCUGGGUAUGUUAAGAUGGGUGUUUAUUGGGAUGCCGCUGUUCUCUUUUUUGAAAUGUGGGGUUGUGGAAUUCAGCCAAGUGGGUAUUUUAUAGCUAGUUUGUUGACUGCGUUUAGUAAAUUGGAAAAUAUGGUACUUGAAGGAUUUCAAAUUCAUGGAUUGGUUUUAAAAUAUGGUUUGUUGCAUGAUGUUUUUGUGGGGACUUCGUUUCUUCAUUUUUAUGGUGUAUAUGGACUACCUUGUUGUGCUAAAACUUUGUUUGAGGAAAUGCCUGAAAGAAAUGUUGUUACUUGGACUUCUUUGAUGGUUGCGUUUUCGGAUAAUGGUUACCCGGAGGUGGCAAUAAAUCUAUACGAAAGAAUGAGGCACGAGGAGGUGUCUGGUAAUGAAAACACACUGACUACUAUUAUUAGUUCUUGCAUUGCUCUUGAUGAUGAUUUUUUUGGUCAUCAAGCGUUAGGUCAGAUUGUAAAGUCUGGAUUCCUGGACAAUGUUUCGGUGUCAAAUUCUCUUAUUUCGAUGUUUGGUAGUUUUGGUUUCAUUGAGGAUGCCUCUUAUAUCUUUGAUGGGAUGAUUGAGCGUGACACUAUAUCAUGGAAUUCAAUUAUUUCUGCACUAGCAUAUAAUCAGUUAUAUGAGAAGGUGUUCAGCUCAUUUUCUGAAAUGCGUCAUGAUCACGACGAUGUCAAUUCAACAACACUGUCGUCAUUGUUGUCUGUUAGUGGAACUACGGAUUGUCUAAACUUAGGGAGAAGUGUUCAUGGGUUGUCGUUGAAAUUGGGAUGGGAUUCUAAUAUUUGUGUGUCAAAUACUCUUCUCUCCAUGUAUUUGGAAGCUUCAAGGGACAAUGAAGCUGAAAGUUUGUUUUUGGCAAUGCCAGUAAAAGAUGUGAUUUCAUGGAACUCCAUGAUGGCUGGUUAUGUUUUAGCAGGUAAGUAUUUCAAGGUUUUGGGAGUGUUGGCUGAACUGCUUCACUUGCGAAGAACAGUUAAUUAUGUGUCCUUUGCUAGUGCUUUGGCUGCGUGUUCAGAUGGUCAAUUGCCUGAUGAAGGCAAAACUAUUCAUGCUCUUGUAAUUGCUCAUGGGCUCCAUGACAAUUUAAUAGUUGGCAAUGCAUUAGUCACCAUGUACGGAAAGUGUGGUAUGAUGUGGGAGGCUAAAAUGGUAUUUCAGAAAAUGCCUGACAGGGAAUUAGUUACUUGGAAUGCAUUGAUUGCCGGCUAUGCAGAUAAUAAGGACACACCCGACGCAGUGAGAACUUUUAAGUCAAUGAGAGAGGAAGAAAAUUCUCCAAAUUACAUUACUUUGAUCAUUGUUUUGGGUUCUUGCUCAACUGACACUGAUCUGUUGAAUUAUGGCAUGCCGUUGCACGGACAUAUAAUUCUGACUGGUUUCGAGACUAAUGAAUACGUCAGGAACUCUCUCAUAACAAUGUAUGCCGACUGUGGUGAUGUCGUUUCGAGUAGUCUUAUCUUUAAUGCGCUGCUAAAUAAGACAUCAGUGACCUGGAAUGCUAUGCUUGCCGCUAAUUCUCGUCUUGGUUUCUGGGAAGAAGCCUUGAAACUUAUUCUGCAGAUGCAAAGGGAAAAACUGGAAUUUGACCAAUUCAGCCUCUCUGCUGCUCUUUCAGCUGCAGCAAACAUGGCAUCCCUAGAAGAGGGACAGCAGAUUUACUGUCUAGCUACUAAACUUGGGUUUGACUCCAAUUCUUUUGUUGGAAACGCUGCAAUGGAUAUGUAUGGGAAAUGUGGCGAAAUGAACGAUGUGCUGAAAAUACUCCCUGAACCAAAUAUGCGUCCAAGAUUAUCUUGGAAUGUAUUAAUAUCUGUUUUUGCCAGACAUGGACUUUUCCAGAAAGCUAGGGAUAGUUUUCACGAUAUGAUAAAGCAAGGUUCAAAACCAGACCAUGUCACUUUUGUCUCUCUUCUAUCAGCCUGUAGUCAUGGUGGUCUAGUAGAUGAAGGUCUUCGAUAUUUUGCUUGUAUGAAUUCUGAAUUUGGAAUCCCGGCUGGCAUAGAGCACUGUGUUUGUAUAGUAGACCUUCUUGGAAGAUCUGGAAGGCUCUCUGAAGCCAUAGCUUUUAUUAAAGAAAUGCCAGUGCCGCCAAACGAUUUUGUUUGGAGAAGCUUGUUGGCAGCAUGCAGGAUGCACGGGAGUACAGAACUAGGAAAAGUAGCAGCUGAAAAUCUUCUGAGAUCUAACCCAUCGGAUGACUCAGCCUAUGUUCUUUAUUCAAAUAUCUGUGCAACUUCUGGGAGGUGGCAGGACGCUCAGAAUGUGAGGGCCGAAAUGGAAUCACAUAAAUUGAAAAAACAGCUUGCUUGCAGUUGGGUCAAGUUAAAGAACCAAAUUUGCACCUUUGGGAUUGGAGACUUGUCUCACCCGGAGUCAGAGCAAAUCUACAGGAAAUUGACCGAACUUAGAAAAAAGAUUCAGGAGGCUGGUUAUAUUGCUGAUACAAGCUUUGCGUUGCAUGACACGGAUGAAGAACAGAAGGAGCACAAUUUAUGGAUGCAUAGUGAAAGACUUGCACUAGCAUAUGGUUUGAUUAGUACCCCUCAAGGUUCUACACUUCGAAUAUUUAAGAACCUUAGAGUGUGUGGUGAUUGUCAUUCUGUUUUCAAGUUCGUAAGCAGCAUUGUUACUAGGGACAUCAUAUUGAGGGAUCCUUAUCGGUUUCACCAUUUUACUGGUGGCCAAUGUUCUUGUGGUGAUUACUGGUGAUAAUGCUGUUGGUAAUCUCUGAUAAAUUUUAAAGAUUUGAGUGGGGUUCUGGACUAGUGAAUUUUUGUACGAGAGAAAGACAACUCUUGAAUGGCACACCAACUUUUUCAUUGGAAAGCAAUAGCGUGUGCCGCCGUAAUUUACAAAUUUUAUACAAGAACAAGAUUUUGAAAGUAACGCAUCGCUUUAGUUGAUUUUUCCUUUUGAA